ACCUAAACAUUAACCAGAAAGAAAAGGGAGAAAGUAGAAGAUGAGUUGCAAUGGCUGCCGCGUCCUUCGAAAAGGAUGCAGUGAGUCUUGCAUGCUCCGUCCCUGUCUGCAGUGGAUUGAGAGCCCUGAGGCUCAGGGUCACGCUACCGUCUUUGUCGCUAAGUUCUUCGGGCGUGCCGGCCUCAUGUCUUUCAUCUCCGCUGUUCCCGACAACCAGAGACCUGCAAUCUUCCAGUCUCUGCUGUUCGAGGCAUGUGGGCGCACCGUGAAUCCCGUGAAUGGAGCAGUGGGUCUGCUGGGGACGGGCAACUGGCAAGUGUGCCAGGCGGCCGUGGAGACUGUCCUCCGUGGCGGCACCUUGCGCCCCAUGGCGGAUGCCUUCCUCACCACCACCACCACAACUACUCCCGAAUCUGACGAGGCCUCGGAAGCCGAGGUGGUCUGUGCGUACGCCCGCAAGCCGAAGCAGCUGCUACAUGAUCCGUACACGCGAUCGGGGGUUCUCACCACUUCCACCAAGAGGAAGAACAUUGAUGACGUAUCGUUGCAGCAGUCCGGCGAUCUUGACCUGACGUUGACGGCUGGAUUUCAUAGCAAGAGAGUAGCGGCCGGGCUUGGCGGGAUGAGUCUUCAUCACCGUCGCCAGGAGAAGCGGCGGCCGGCGACUCCUUCCAUGAAUUCCGAGGAAUCUGUGACGACGAGCUUCGACAGUAGAGAUCAUCAUACGGAAGGCGGUGAACGGAAGCUUCUCAACUUGUUUGUUUGAAACAUCUUUGAAC